ACAACAGUUUCGCAGAUGAUCACGUGAUCGAAGAUCGACUUCUUCGUUUGUGGCCACGAGGUUUUGUGGUGAAAAUUAAGUUUACCGGGUGGAAAAGGCCCUCUAUUUUUGUAUUUAUACAAAAAUGUCCUCCAGCAAUCCUUUGCCACCCAAAGAAAAUGCCUUGUUUAAGCGAAUUUUGAGAUGUUAUGAACACAAACAAUACAAAAAUGGAUUGAAAUUUGCAAAGCAAAUCUUAUCUAAUCCAAAAUUCAGUGAGCAUGGAGAGACAUUGGCGAUGAAAGGUCUGACUCUGAAUUGCUUAGGUCGCAAAGAAGAAGCAUAUGAUCAUGUACGGCGUGGUCUUAGGAACAGUUUACAGUCUCAUGUAUGCUGGCAUGUUUAUGGACUGUUACAGCGUUCCGAUAAGAAAUAUGAUGAGGCUAUCAAGUGUUAUAGAAAUGCUCUUAAAUGGGAUAAGGACAAUAUCCAAAUCCUUAGAGAUUUAUCUUUACUUCAAAUUCAAAUGAGGGAUUUAGAAGGAUAUAGAGAUACAAGAUAUCAAUUGUUUAUGUUACGUCCAACACAACGUGCUUCUUGGAUUGGUUUCGCUAUAUCUUAUCAUUUAUUAAAAGACUAUGAGAUGGCGCUUAAAAUUUUAGAUACAUUUCGAAAUUCACCUAUGAUUUGUUAUGAUUAUGAACAUAGUGAAUUGCUGUUAUACCAAAAUAUGGUUAUUCAAGAAUCUGGUGACAAUGAACAAGCUUUAAAACAUCUUGAUAAGUAUCGAUAUCAAAUUUGUGAUAGAGUCACUUUAAAAGAGACAUAUGGUAAACUCAGACUUCAGCUUCAACAAUAUGCAGAAGCAACGCAGGUUUACAAAGAAUUAUUAAAUAUCAAUCCAGAAAAUACUACAUAUUAUGCUAAAUUAGCAGAGGCUGAAAGACAUGAAACACCAGAAGAUACAUUGAUUAUGCUCCAAAGAUACGAAGAAUUAUUUCCUCGUGCAUUAGCACCAAGACGUUUACAAUUGAAUUAUGCUACCGGAGAACAAUUUAAAACAUUAGUCGAUUUAUAUUUACGACGAGGCCUUCAUAAAGGUGUACCACCAUUGUUUGUUAAUCUUCGUUCGUUGUAUAAUGACAAACAAAAAGUUGAGGUUAUUCAAUCUCUUGUUCUGGAAUAUAAGGAAGCGUUAAAAGCCCAUGGUCAUUUUAGUAAUCAAGAAAAAGAUAAUCCACGAGAACCAGCGUCGGCUUUAUUAUGGACUUAUUAUUAUUUAGCUCAACAUUAUGAUUAUCUUGGUCUUACAGAGAAAGCGCUGAACGAGAUUGAUGCUGCCAUAGAUCAUACGCCUACAUUAAUAGAACUGUUUGUUACCAAAGGACGAAUAUUUAAGCACGCUGGAAAUGUUCAAGAAGCGUAUAAGUGGUUGGAUGAAGCUCAAGGAUUAGAUACCGCAGAUCGAUAUAUUAAUUCUAAAUGUGCCAAAUAUAUGCUACGUGCUAAUUUAAUAAAAGAAGCAGAAGAGACAUGUGGGAAGUUUACAAGGGAAGGCGUAUUAGCCAUGGAAAAUUUAAAUGAAAUGCAAUGUAUGUGGAUUCAAAUGGAAGCAGCACAUGCGUAUCAACGUCUUGGAAAAUAUGGAGAAGCGUUAAAGAAGUGCCAUGAAGUUGACAGGCACUUUUCGGAAAUUAUAGAAGAUCAAUUCGACUUUCACACAUAUUGCAUGAGAAAAAUGACAUUAAGAUCUUACGUUGGUCUCUUGAGGUUAGAGGACGUCCUUCGUGCUCAUCCAUUUUAUUUCAAGGCUGCAAAAUGUGCGAUGGAGGUUUAUCUUCGUUUACAUGACUAUCCUUUGCCGGAUCCAACGCAGACACAAGAAAUCGAUACGGAAAAUUUGGCACCGUCUGAGUUGAAGAAGCUUAGGAACAAACAGAGAAAGCAACGUAGGAAGGCGGAAUUAGAACGACAACAGGCUGCCCAAGCUCAAGAAAAAAGGGAACAACAUAACAAGUCUAGACAACAAACAGAUCCUGAUUUAGAACAACCUACAUUGGACGAACUUAUUCCAGAGAAAUUGGAAAGGGUUGAGGAUCCUUUGGAACAAGCGAUAAAGUUUUUACAACCACUUCAAGAUCUGGCAGCAAAUAGAAUAGAAACGCAUCUAAUGGCUUUUGAAAUCUACAUUCGUAAAGGUCGUACUUUAUUAAUGUUGCGGUCAAUAAAGCGUGCUCAUAGGCUGGACUCGAAUAAUCCAGAUCUCCAUACGUGUUUGGUGCGAUUUUUAUUGAAUACAAGUCGUUUGUCAUUGGAGGGUGCAGUAGGUGAAGUUGUGAAGCGACAAACGGCAGACAUAUUCUCAGAUUCAACGGCGGUACAAUUGAAUGCGGAAUACUUGAAGAAAAACAGGAACUCUCUGCCGCAUUUGCUUCAAGGUGCAAGAAUGUUAUAUCUUUUAGACCCGUCGGCUCAAGCGAGAGCCUUAUCUCUUGUUACGAAUACGGAUGAACUUGAAAAUGUGACGCUUAAGAAUUGCACGAAGGUGCUAGAAUCUAUGCAAAACGGUGACUUUGGUUACUGCGACAGUACGAUAGCCGAAUUUAUAUCAAAAUGUCACAAACUCUUCCCGUACGCUACUGCGUUUCGGCUGCAGGAAACAAAACCUACUGCCAAUCAUCAAGACAAGGAGAAUUCUAUUAAGAACUGAUCCAGGUACGCGCUAUCUAGCGUCGUCACUGGCUUGCUACUACGUAGUUAGGCGAGGCAAUCGUGAGAGGCGAAAAUAUCGAAACUUAUCGAUCUACGUCGAAAGAUUUAAAAAAAAAAAAACGAAAAAAAAAGAAAAAUUAUUCAAUUUAGAAAUUAACGAGAGAGAAAGAGAGAGAGAGAGAGAGAGAGAGAGCGAGAGAGAGAGAGAGAGAGAGAGAGAGAGAGACAGAAUUGGCGAAUAAUCAAUGAGACAAGUAGCGACAGUAUGUACCAUAGGUCCAUGACUGUUCCUAGAUCUUCUACAUAUAGUGUAAAACAGUGAAUGGAACAGUGGCUGGAACGGUGCUGGAAAAAGAAACUUAAUCAAUUGUAAUAAGACGAGAUGUGACGGCACCGAGAGAGAGAGACUCCUAAAUAAGGUCCCGAAUUUUAAUAUAAUUUAACAGAAGGACUGGCAUAGAUUAAUAUUAUAGAAGAAAAAAUAUAAGAAAAGAAAGAAUGAAAGAAUUGGAACAAAUUGAUCAAAAUGCUCUUAGUUUCUCAAGAGCUCGACGAUCUUAAAUAUUACCGUAAGAGGACUGGCUAUAAAAGUGAAGAAUAUUAAUAACAGUGUAGGGUGGGUAGGGAGGGGUGGGGGGAGGGGAUUUAUAGAGAAGUGGAUAGGAAAGGGGGUAGGGAAUGGGGAGCGGUGCAGUGUGUAAAAUAAGACGUGCAAGACUAACGUAUUGGUACAAAGAAAAAAAAAAAAAAAAAAAAACAAACAAACAAAGAAACAAAGAAACAAACAAACAAGACUUGUAUACAUUCAUAACGCGCGCGCUUAAUGAGUAUUUCUACUCAAAUAUUAAGGGAUGUACUGUCUCCAGCGAUGCCUAAAUAUUACACUCUACUGUGUAGAGUCCGCGUAAACUUAGACUAUCAUCGAGCAUCGAUUAAAACUGUACCAUGCAUGUCCGUCGCUGCAGUUGAAUGGACCUCGUUCCAUAUCGUAUAAACUGACUAAUUCUUCUGGUUCGUCUUACAUCAUCUUGUGAACUGGUUAAAUCAAGUGAAUAUGCGAUAUUUCUAAUGUUUUUUCUUCUCUAGAAAACAAAAUAUACAUACACAUGCACGGAUAAACAGACACAGACAGACAGAUAUACACACACACGCACACACAUAUAUACAUACAUACAUACAUACAUACAUACAUACAUACAUACAUACAUACAUACAAAUAAAUAAAUAAACAAAGAAAAUACACACGCGUGUUUGAUUAGUUCGUUCGUUCGUUCAGGGUAAUGAUCUGCGUUUUGAUUGGAGACCCUGAUGAUAUUCCAUCGAACAGUUUAUUAAAUGAAAAAGUAGUUGUGCUCAUCUACGAAAGUCUCUGUGAAAGUUACUAUUAAGAAUCAUUAAACUGUGCGUAUUGUAUACGCAAAUUACCAAAGUAUCUUAUAAAUUGAAAUCAAUAAGUGUCGAUAAACGAAUAUCAUGCAUCUGUAUGUGUUAACAGGAUUACAGGAGUUUUAAUAAAAAUAACAGUGAAGCCUACCGGUAUAAA